CCAAAUAAGGCGUAACACCAGAGCGCGGCGCGCGAGGUUUGUUUUCGUAGCCAUGCCGUGAACUAGCUAAACUAGAAAGUUGACAUGUAAAAAACAUUUCUCUAUCACCUUAUCAUAGUUUUUGGUUUGUCGGCAACAAUUUGUGAAGCAUUUCGUCUCGACAUGAAAGUCAACACUGUCAUACGCCGUCAUGGUGUGCCACAUAGGAACCUUUAGGGAUUACAUAAAUCACAUGGAAUGGAUUUAACAUCAGAAAGCAUGUACGACACAUUCAAAGAUGAAAUCUGGAGAGAGCUGGGACCUCUGGACCCUGACUGGUUUGAUGUACUGACAGCUCAAGCAGUCACUACUGAGGGAAAUGUUUCUGAUCAAGAUGACCUGUGUGCAAACCAAGAGGGAAAUUUUAAGACACCGUUUGAUGAAACUGCUGUGGAGAGUCAGUUGUUUUCGACCCCUAAGGUUUUCAGACGCUGUCGAGUGGUGUCACCUGAAACCAAGGAUGAGCAGUCUUUCACUGCGGAACCAGAAAAAGAAACACUGCCUUGGACAACAGCAAGUCCAUAUUUUAUUCAGAUUUCAAAAGAACAGAUGCCAGGUACGAAAUAUGGAGGUAUCCAGCCUCAGGAAAGUUUUGAUCUGCUUCAUACCCCACAGAAAUCCCCAGUCAGCUAUGCAAAGCAAAUAUCUGAAAGUCUUGGUGCACAUAUUCAUCCCGAUAUAUCAUGGACCAGCUCUCUGAAUACCCCACCAGCAGUGCCAUCCACCCUGAUUUUGUCUAAAACCGAAGAGAGUCCCUGCCCAGUGAGUUUUUCUGAGGACAAAAGUGUUGUUUUUGUACGGAAGCUUUUCCCUUCUCUUUCAAAUGCAUCCCAAGUUGGAUCUGUCUCACCAAAAAACAAUGACCUUCUGCCUCCCACGAUUCAAGAUGGUGCUGGUUCUCCUGAGGCUGGUCAGAAUCCAGAGUCCCACAACUCUCCUUCUCAGAGUUCACUGAACCAGAGUGGCGUCUGGAGACAGAAGCUACCAGAUGCUAUUGAGGAUGGAGAAAUUCGCAGCACUGUAGCAAGUGUUCUUGAUGGGGCUGAAAAUGUUCUUUCUAUAUUUUUCUCCAACAGCAGUUCAGCACUAAGAAAAGUGAAAACUGACAGAAUGAAAAGGAAACAAAUCAUUUCAGCAAAAGAGCAUGGCUGCAGCUCCACACACAUCUCAACAAAGAACAUGGCUACGUCCAGUGAACAAAGAACAGCUGAUCGGCAGCUAUGCAGAGUUCUUUCAUCCCCGCACUUGAAAAGCCCAGUGAGAACUGGAGAUAUGGGAACCACCCAGUGGUCUCCAUUGAGUUUAUCUGAAAUACCACCUUCUACUGUGGUCACCUCUUGCCAUAAUAAUAAUCCUGCUGCACAAGUGGAAAAUAACUGUUUAACAGAACAACUACAGAGUGACUCUGGUUCUAGCCAGCUAGUCAGACCAUCUUUGAAAAUCACAGACUCUGGAUUUAUCAAGAAAAAGAGACAUUUUAUUUACACGGUGGAAACUUCAAAACCACAAGUGCAAGAAAGGGAAACUCAUUCUCAGAGGAUUGACUCAUCACCAGUGCAAGAAUUGAACGUUAAGAAUUUGCCAAAUGCCCAAGAUGAAGCCGACUGUUGUAACAUCAGCACUAAAACCGUUGAUGGGAAGAAUGAGAUGCGACAACGGGAAAAUGUCACUGAAGAAAAUCUACCUCCCUCUGUGCAAGCAAAAGUCCAGGAUGUUGACAUGUCACAGCUUUGCAGAGCUUUUGCACAAGACUUCAGUCAAAUGUCAGAUCCUGUUAGACUGAGUGAAGCAGCAGAGGCUACUCCUCAAAAUGGCUUCUCUCCAUCAGUUUGUCUGUCAGCCUUGAAACGAGCUAAGCGCAAAGCAAGGCAAGCAAGCCUUCAACAUGACCAUGAUGGCGUCAGUAACAGAAGACGUGUUUUUGCCGCCAACCAAAAUAAUUCCAUCAUUGAGAGAACAAUAUGUGACAGUGGAUUCCAGUCUGCUGUGGCUGAUAUCACUCACUUGACUGCAUUUUCUGCUCUUCCCAGCUCAGAGAAAGAGAGUCAAACUCAACAGUGGACCACUCCUUUUCAGUCUCCAAAUAAAGAAAACAGGAAAGCACAUUUGGAGGAUACUUUAUAUGGAGCUGAAACUGAUGCCAAGUUGUCUUUUAUAGUCAAGGAAAACCAGACAUUGGACCCUGGCAGAGAGAGUGAGGUACAAACAAAAACCACAUUAACACAUCCAUCCAGCAGUGCAAAAGGAGCAGUCGAUAACAUUAAUUGCAUUCCAGUCAGUGGUCAAGUUCAUGGCAGUCUGCCAGAGAAAACAAUUGUUUCUCUUCCUUCUGUCCAUGCAUCAGGAUUCAAAACAGCCUCAAAUAAGGGUAUAAGAAUAUCCUCAGCCAACCUGGAGAGAGCCAAACGUCUCUUCGAGCAGACUGAAGGUGAAGGGCUUAAUGAUCAACCCACCAAAUGUGGCCAUGACACUAAAGAUGACAUUAACAUGAGUCAUGGAUCAGUGAAAACUACAGCUUCUGACUCAAACCAUCCAUCCUCAUCAAGUGAAAAAUUCAGGGACAUCAGUUGCCAAUUGACAGCUUCACAAAAAGCUGAUGUGACAGAACUGUGCACUCUAUUAGAAGAAACAGAUAGCCAGUUUGAAUUUAAAGAGUUAAAAACUGCAACACUAAACCAACAAUGCCAAGAUAAUGCCACUUCUCCCCAAAAAGCUGUCAAAGAACUUGACCCUGAUUUUCUUACGGGUAUAGAUUUUGAUGAUAGUUUUAGUUUAGAUGCUGAAAAGCAUGUCGCGGUAACAAUGAUGCCUGGCAAAAUGGCCUUAGUGUCAGACAAAACAUAUGAUGUCACAAGUAAACCCACAGAAAUGUCAUACUCGAGUGGAUUGAAAAAAGAAAAUUUCUCUACUGGAACUGUACCUUCCUCUUCUAAGCACAUCGCUGAAGGUAGAAGCUGUAUUAUGUCAAGUGAAAAUCUUGACAGAGCUGAACACAAUGAAAUAAGCAAGCCAAGCAACAAAAAUCCUUUGACACUUAGUGUGGGAUUUAAAACUGCAGGAGGAAAUGUUUUGAGAGUUUCAAAAAAGUGUCUGAGCAACGCUAGAGCUUUGUUUGCAGAUUUAGAAGAGAGUCUUGUGACAGAGAAAAAUUCACCAGACAAGCAAAAUGGUGAAAAUUAUACCAAAACAGUGCACAAUGACAGUGUGGAUAAUAACACUGAUAAAUUUUUCCAUCAUAAAGAGGAUAAUUCAAAGUUUACCAGUUACAGUAAUGAUACUGAGGAGAGGAUUCAAAGCUGCUUUUCUAACAUGAAGGAGUCUGUCUGUUCAGACAGACAGGUCUCAGGUAUGAGAGAUGAAGGUGCUACAACAAGUUUUGCAAACAGCAAAAUGGACAUAGCCGCAUGUCAAAGUGCGUUCCAGAUGGCCAGUGGGAGAGGGAUUUCUAUUUCAGCAAAAGCAAUGCAAAAGGCAAAUUCUGUCUUCAGAGACUGUGAUGUUGUGGAUAGCAAUGAUGGCAUGUCAGAAAAACAUAACAAUUUAGAAACCUUGCCUGGAAGUUUCAAUCAUAAGAAAAACCUUUCAAAAUUUAAAAGUGUUCAUGGGAUCAAAGCAAACGUAUCCGAAGAACCCGUCAAAAGAUGCACUGAGUUUGAAAAUGUAAAUUCUGAACCAUCUGCGCGCCGUACUGAGGUUCUACAACAUGAUAUGGAGAUUGACAAUUUUGGUGUUAAGAAUACACCGGCUUUAAUUAAGUCAGCUCCUUUUCUUGGAAACCAGUGUUCAACUGAAAAGCCGUUUUCAUCUCCUUUGUGCACAACAUCAAAGAAUAUUAGUUCCUCUGCCAUCAAUGACUUGAGUGAUGGUGGGUUCUGUACGGCAAGCGGGAAGAAAGUAUCUGUGUCAGCUGACGCAAUGACAAAAGCUGCAUGUCUUUUGAAUGAAAUUCAGACACAUGAGGACACAGACCAACAAAUGAAAGAAAAACAAAAUUCUUCAAGAAUAGGUCUCACCAAUCAGUCAAGUGGCUUCCAGACAGCUGGUGGAAAAGGAGUUGUUAUUUCAUCUGCAGCUCUUAAGAAAGCAAAAUCCCUGUUGACCGAAUACGAUGGCGCUGAGGAUAAAGUCAGUGUAUAUCCAAAACAUUCCAAGAUUGCAGUCCAUGGUCCAACAUCCAGAAAUAGUGGAUUUCUUGCUGCCAGUGGUAAACCAGUGGCAUUUUCAUCUGAGGCCCUCAAGAAGGCAAAAACUCUCUUUGAUGACAUCAGUUUCAGUUCAGAGAUCCCAGCUGUUUCAGCCACAAGGAAGACUGAUCAGAAACAAGAAAAUGCUCAAAAUAAAGAAAAAAUGCAUUGUGGUUUCUCAACAGCAGGGGGAACAAUAGCCCACGUGUCACAGCAAAAUCUGUCGAAAGCAAAAAAUCUUUUGAAAGAAUUUGAUGAUGAUUCUAUUUCAGUUGAAGCAAUGCAAGAGGCAGAUGCUUUCUUCAAAGACUGUGAUGUUAAGGACAGUAAUGUGUCUGAUGAUGCAAUGAUAAAAGCAAUGUCUCUGCUGAGUGAAAGUGCUACAUUUGAGGACACAAACAAACAACUGAAACAAAAAGAAGACACACCACAAAAUGUUGGAUUUCAGACAGCCAGUGGAAAAGGAGUUGCCAUUUCAUCUGCAGCUCUCAAGAAAGCAAAAUCCCUGUUGAGUGAAUGUGAAGACAUUGCAGAUAAAAGCAGUGCAAAACCAACUCACUCCAAGAUGCCAUUUCCUGGUCCAUCAUCCAGAAAUAGUGGAUUUCUUGCCGCCAGCGGUAAACCAGUGGCAUUUUCAUCUGAGGCCCUCAAAAAGGCAAAAACUCUCUUUGAUGACAUCAGUUUCAGUUCAGAGAUCCCAGCUGUUUCAGCCACAAGGAAGACUGAUCAGAAACAAGAAAAUGCUCAAAAUAAAGAGAAAAUGCAUUGUGGUUUCUCAACAGCAGGGGGAACAAUAGUCCACGUGUCACAGCAAAAUCUGUUGAAAGCAAAAAAUCUUUUGAAAGAAUUUGAUGAUGAUUUGAUUUCAGUUGAAGCAAUGCAAGAGGCAGAUGCUUUCUUCAAAGACUGUGAUGUUAAGGACAGUAAUGUGUCUGAUGAUGCAAUGAUAAAAGCAAUGUCUCUGCUGAGUGAAAGUGCUACAUUUGAGGACACAAACAAACAACUGAAACAAAAUGAAGACACACCACAAAAUGUUGGAUUUCAGACAGCCAGUGGAAAAGGAGUUGCCAUUUCAUCUGCAGCUCUCAAGAAAGCAAAAUCCCUGUUGAGUGAAUGUGAAGACGUUGCAGAUAAAAGAAGUGCAAAACCAACUCACUCCAAGAUGCCAUUUCCUGGUUCAUCAUCCAGAAAUAGUGGAUUUCUUGCCGCCAGCGGUAAACCAGUGGCAUUUUCUUCUGAGGCCCUCCAGAAGGCAAAAACUCUCUUUGAUGACAUCAGUUUGAACACAGACAUUUCAGCUGUUUCAAGCACAAGGGAGAAUAAGAAACAAGAAAAUGCUCAAAAUAAAGAAAAAAUGCAUUGUGGUUUCUCAACAGCAGGGGGCGCAAAAGUCUGUGUGUCACAGCAAAAUCUGUUGAAAGCAAAAAAUCUUUUCAAAGAAUUUGAUGAUGAUUCUGUGUCACUUAAAGCAAUGCAAGAGGCAGAUGCUUUCUUUAAAGACUGUGACAUUAAGGACAGUAAUGUGCCAGAUGAUGCAAUGAUAAAAGCAAAGUCUGUGCUGAGUGAAAGUGCUACAUUUGAGGACACAAACAAACAACUGAAACAAAAAGAAGACACACCACAAAAUGUUGGAUUUCACACUGCCAGUGGCAAAGGAGUCGCCAUUUCAUCUGCAGCUCUCAAGAAAGCAAAAUCCCUGUUGAGUGAAUGUGAAGAUUUUGCGGAUAAAAGCAGUGCAAAACCAACUCAUUCCAAGAUGCCUUUUCCUGAUCCACCACCCAGAAAUAGUGGAUUUCUUGCAGCCAGUGGUAAGCCAGUGGCAUUUUCUUCUGAGGCUCUCAAGAAGGCAAAAGCUCUCUUUGAUGACAUCAGUUCAGAGAUCCCAGCUGUUUCAGACACAAGGAAGAAUGAUAAGAAACAAGAAAAUGCUCAAAAUAUAGAAAAAAUACAUUGUGGUUUCUCAACAUCAGGGGGCGCAAUAGUCCGUGUGUCACAGCAAAAUCUAUUGAAAGCAAAAAAUCUUUUGAAAGAAUUUGAUGAUGAUUCUGUCUCACUUAAAACAAUGAGAGACGCAGAUGCUCUCUUCAAAGACUGUGAUGUUAAGGACAGUAGUGAUGAAAUGUCAGUAAAACCUCAGAAAAGUAGUGAAAAUGUCAACAAGAAGAAAAUCCUUCCAACAUUUAAAAAUGUUCAAGGGGUAACAGUAAAUUUUUCUGAGGAGCCUGUAAAUGGACACACAGAGUUUGAAAAUGUGAAAGCUGGACCAGAUGUACACCAUGAAAAGAUGCUGCGCCAUAAUGAUUUGGAGAUUCAAAAAGAUGUUAAUAACCCACUGGCUUUGACUAAUGCCCUUUUUUUACAUGCAAACCAAUUUUUGAAGCCACUUUCUUCGCCAUUGUGCACAACAGCAAAGAAGCUUGGUUACUCUGCUGUUGAUGAAUUGAGCAGUGGUGGUGGAUUCUGUACAGCCAGCGGGAAGAAAGUAUCAGUGUCAGAUGAUGCAAUGGCAAAAGCAAAGUCUCUGCUGAGUGAAAGUGCUACAUUUGAGGACACAAACAAACAACUGAAACAAAAAGAAGACACACCACAAAUUGUUGGAUUUCAGACAGCCGAUGGCAAAGGAGUUGCCAUUUCAUCUGCAGCUCUCAAGAAAGCAAAAUCCCUGUUGAGUGAAUGUGAAGACGUUGCGAAUAAAAGCAGUGCAAAACCAACUCACUUCAAAAUGCCAUAUCCUGGUCCACCACCCAGAAAUAGUGGAUUUCUUGCCGCCAGCGGUAAGCCAGUGGCAUUUUCUUCUGAGGCCCUCCAGAAGGCAAAAGCUCUCUUUGAUGACAUCAGUUUGAACACAGACGUUCCAGCUGUUUCGGACACAUGGAAGAAUGAUAAGAAACAUGAAGAUGCUCAAAAUAAUAAAGAAAAAAUACAUUGUGGCUUUACAACUGCAGGGGGAGCAAAAGUCCAAGUGUCACAGAUAAAUCUUUUGAAAGCAAAGAACCUUUUGAGAGAAUUUGAUAAUGAUUCUGUUUCAGUAAAAGAUGGUGGGGAGUUUGCUGAUUCAAGCUCAUAUUCCACAAGCCUAAUUGCUACCCACAAGUCAGAUCUAUCAAAAGAUGUGAAAAGAACUUCAAACUCUAAUCUCGUCACAACCAGUGACAAGGACAUGCCGGCAGAGGAAAGUGCCCUUCAGGUUGUUAAACCUCAAUUUUCUUCCCGAGAGACUGACAGCGAGAAUAAAAUCUUUCAAAAUUCAAGUGUGCAAGGUAGCAAUUUUAUCAAAGAGAAAGCACUUACAGAUGCAUUUAAAUUUGAAGAGGACAAAUUUGCCCCCUCAGGGGUGCGUAACCUUCAUAGAGAGAAAAGGCCAAACAUGUUGGACCAUGAAAUAAACCAGACAAGCAGUAAUGAGAAGCUUGAGUUCACAAGGACAGAGGAGUCUUCAGUUCUAAGCUUUCAGUCACUUAACUUCAGUGGCUGCACAGAAACCCAGCAGAAGUUGUUUGCCCAGGAAGCCCUGGAUUGCACUAAAGCUUUGCUAGAAGACGAAGGUCUAGCUGGCCAAAGUCUCUCAAUGACUUUUGAAAAUAUGCCACUGCAAGAAAACCCAAAAUCCAGCAACAGAUCUGUAGAGGAACAAAAAACAACAGGGAAGAGAUUGGCAGAGGACGCAGAUAUGACUGGUCAGCCUCCCUUGAAAAGACGAUUACUGGACGAAUUCGACAGAACUCUUGAUAGUCCCAGACAAUCAACCCUUCAACCGGAAAGAAGUUGUGCGACUGGUGUAAUGAAAGACAGGAGAGUCUUCAAGUAUAGCGUCUCUCUUCAUCCAAACAUCACAAGGCCACACAGUGAUGGAAAAAACUACAUGGUAACCAGAUUGCAAAAGGAAACACAGCACUCAGCCCCAGGAGACAGCAAAUCCGCUCAUUCCAAGAUACCAGCAUUUGUUCCUCCAUUCUUAAAGAAUUCAAAGACGGAGACUCACAAGAACAACAUGGUCAAGGACAACAGAAGAACACCUUCUGCGUUUGUUCCUCCGUUCAAAAAACAAAGAACUAUUGUCCAAGAGAGCUGCUCUAAACCACAUGAGGAGGAGGAUAAACACCACCAUCUCUCUGCAAUGCCCUCUAACAGCAGUACUUUUGUGCCACCCACUAAAAAGACAAGCAGACAAAGCACUACUGAUGUCACUGGUAAUAAAAGCAGAGAAGACAUUCAUCCGGUGGCCUUGGUUGGUAAUACAAAAGAUGAUCAUGUGGAAAAUCAUAAAAUUCCUGUUGGCUGUGGAACAGAGGAUUCUGCUGCAGAGGCUUCGGGUGUGGUAGACACAUUAUCCAGAAGCCAAGAAAUUCAGACUCUUGAGAACAUAGAGCUGGCACGAGAUAUGCAGGACAUGAGGAUCAGGAAGAAGAAGCGCCAGACUAUUCGACCUCUGCCAGGGAGCUUGUUUCUCACUAAAACUUCAGGAGUGUCAAGGAUCCCAUUAAAAGAUGCAGUGAAUGGAAAGCCCCCUGCAAAAUACACCCAAAAACAGCUGUAUGGAUACGGAGUGCAUCAGCAUGUGUCCGAGAUCACCGGUGACAAUGCACAGUCUUUUCGCUUCAGUUUACAGCAGUUUCUCAAACAGGAAGCGUUCAUAAAUGAAGGUGGUGUUCAGCUUGCUGAUGGCGGAUGGCUGAUCCCGAGUAAGAACGGGACUGCGGGGAAAGAAGAGUUCUAUAGAGCACUAUGUGACACCCCGGGUGUGGAUCCUAAACUGAUCAGUGAAGAGUGGGUGUAUAAUCACUACAGAUGGAUUGUGUGGAAGCAGGCCUCCAUGGAAAGAUCCUUUCCAGGAACAAUGGGCAGCCUCUGUCUCACCCCAGAGCAAGUUCUCCUACAACUCAAGUACAGAUAUGAUGUUGAGGUGGACCACAGCCGCAGGCCAGCUCUGAGAAAGAUUAUGGAAAAGGACGACACAGCAGCCAAAACCCUGGUUCUCUGUGUUUGCGGGGUCGUCUCCAGGGGUCACUCCCCAACCAGACAAAGUCGCAAUGAUGCCAAGACUCCACAAGGUGCUGAUGCCAAGGCUGAAAAGCCAUGUGCAGUUGUUUGGCUGACAGAUGGAUGGUAUGCCAUUAAAGCCCAACUGGAUGAUCCCUUAACUGCCAUGCUUCACAAAGGUCCACUGGCUGUUGGCGGGAAGUUGAUCAUCCAUGGGGCUCAGCUGGUGGGAUCCCAAGAUGCUUGCUCCCCUCUGGAGGCACCUGAAUCUCUCAUGUUAAAGAUUUACGCCAAUAGCAGCAGACCAGCACGAUGGGAUACUAAGCUUGGAUUUUACAGGGAUCCACGGCCAUUCCUGCUUCCUCUCUCCUGCUUGUACAGCAAUGGAGGGCCUGUUGGAUGUGUGGACAUGGUCAUACUGAGAAGCUACCCCAUACAGUGGAUGGAGAGGAAACCAGAUGGAGGGGUUGUGUUCCGUUCUGUCCGUGCAGAAGAGAAGGAGGUGAGACGCUACAACAGCAACAAGCAAAAGGCUAUGGAGAUUGUUUUUGCAAAGAUUCAAGCGGAAUUUGAAAAGGAAGAAAAAGGUAAUAACAAACCUCAACGCAGAAGACGGACAAUCAGUCGUCAGGAUAUUGCAAGUCUGCAAGAUGGAGAGGAGCUGUAUGAAGCAGUGGGGGAUGACCCAGCUUACCUUGAGGCUCAUUUGAGUGAACGACAGUUGGAGACUCUACAUACCUACAGGCGCUCUCUGAUGGAGAGGAAGCAGGCUGAACUGCAGGAUCGGUACCGUCGUGCUCUAGAAAAUGCAGAGGACAAUGAAGGGAGCUGUCCCAAACGAGACGUUACUCCUGUUUCGAGACUCUGCAUCGCUGACUCUAUGAAUCAAAGCAGCAGUGUUUACCAGUUGAACAUGUGGCGACCAUCUUUGGACCUUCAGUCUAUGCUAAAGGAAGGCUGUCGAUACAAAGUCUAUAACCUCACCACUUCAGAUGGGAAAAAACGCAGUGGUAUUGAAACUGUUCAGCUCACUGGGAACAAGAAAACCCAGUUUCAGGACUUACAGGCUUCCCAGGAGUGGUUAUCAGCAUGCUUUCAACCGAGGGUGUCUGCUGCUUUUGUGGAUCUUCAAAACCCAGAAUUCCAGCCGCUCUGUGGGGAGGUUGAUCUCAUAGGAUAUGUCAUCACUAUCAUCGACGGUCAGGGUUCCUCUCCAGCAUUUUAUAUGGUCGAUGGGAAACUGAACUUCGUUAAAGUGCGUUGUUUCAGCAGCUUGGCUCAGUCUGGCUUAGAAGAUGUGGUGAAACCACGUGAGCUGUUGGCUCUCAGCAACCUUCAGCUGAGAGGUCAGUCCACAUUUCCCACUCCUGUCGUGUAUGCUGGAGAUCUCACCAUCGCCUCAACAAACCCAAAGGAAACACAUCUACAGGAAUCUCUCGGCCAACUCAGAAACCUGGUCCAGGGUCAGGAGAACUUCUUUCUUACUGCUGAGGAGAAACUUUCAUAUUUAAUCAAAUCUGUUGGCAUGAGCUCCAUCUCCUCUCCAGCUCUCCAACCUAGAACCCCAGCAGUACCGCAGCAGACUACAGCAGAGAGACGGCAAGACUCAAAGACAAGUGUGACGUCUCAGCAGCCAAUCAGAAGCCUUGGAUCCUUCACACCUGUGAGCAGGAACCCUCCUCCGGGAAACUGUUCAACAGAGAAAGACCCGAAAAGCCUGAAGAGGAGGAGAGCUCUGGACUAUCUGUCUCGUAUCCCAUCUCCACCACCUGUGCCCCUACUGGGCUCAGCGGCUUCACCAUAUGUAAAUAAGACAUUCAAUCCCCCUCGGAGGUCUGGGACACCUAGCACUUUAAAAACCGUACAGACUCCAGCUCGCAGACCUGUUGUUUCGCCAGCGGAGGAUGAAUGGGUGAAAGAUGAGGAACUAGCUAUGAUUGAUACUCAGGCAUUACAUGUUGGUACAUAGACUGUAUGAUGAUGAGUGCACUACAACUUUUUAAAAAACUGUACAAAUGAGUGAAUGUGAAGGCUAUAGGCUGCAUAUGGCACAUAUUCUGUGGUUGUUUGGAUGUCUCACUGGACUCAUUAAAGAGGUGAAACCACUUCACAACAGUAAAAUAAUUUCAUUGCUUCA